AUGACAAACCCUGGAGAUUCUUCCAACCAACCCCCCACCACCACCACCACAACCCCCCAAGCCUCCACCCCGCCCGUAUCCGGCCAGGCCCCGACGCCUGGCGUGGCAGGAGAAGGUUCAACCACAAAUACUAGUGCUACUGCUGUUGUUACUGUUGGUUCUCCUAGGCCUUCCGUGACUAGGGCGCCACCGACUGCAGUGGCCACGGACAGUUCUGCGGCCAGUCACUUUGUUGGUGGCGCUGGCUUUGAAGAGCCUUCCGGUGGCGGAGGCGGAGGUGGUGGUAGUGGUAGUGGGGGCGGUGCUGUGGCGGUUUCUGCCGGAAUGGCCGUGCUGGACAUUGGGGCUGGUAGUGCCGCUCGUGUUAAGGCUGGUAUUGGUGGCCGCGUAGGCCGCGGUGGGAUAAGGCUUGGUCAGAGGAAGAGAAGCCGUGAUCAGGGGGAUGUCGCUGGUGGAUCAGGAGGAGAGAGGGUAGGUCCACCGCCGCCGCCGCCACCGGUGCCGGCGGGAGGAAAUGUCUGCCCGGUUUGUCGAAGGGACGACUUUCCUUCUUUCCAGAGUCUAAGCGGCCACAUGAAAACGCACCCGGAGCGAAACUGGCGGGGUGUUAACCCGCCGCCAACUUUCAGCCCGGAUGAGUUUGGUGACAUUUUAGCCCAGUUCGGCGAGGCCCAAGGCGGUGGGGUGGUGGCAGAAGAUGCGGCCGCGGGCGGUGGCGGUGACGUCGUCGUCGGUGCUGCUGGUGGGGAUCAGGAGGCAGAAGUGGCGGUUGCGGUUGCGGCCGGAGGGCAGGAUGGUGAUGCGACUGCGCCGCCGGUAUUCGAUCUGAACAAGUCGCCGGCGGAAAAAGCGGGCGAGCCUUCUUCUUCUUCUGGGAAACUUAAUCUGGACUUGAACAGGUCCCCUCCACCACCAGAAGCUUGA